GUAAAGAUAAUUGUAAUGAUAAUGACAGGGAAAUCAAAAGGUGGCUCAGAAAAAACUACAAAAGGAAAGAAAGAUAAGAAAAAGAAGGAAAAGAAGAAAAAAGAGAAGAAGACAAAGGAAACAGCUGACGAUGAUGAUGAAGAUGAUGAUGAUAUGGAAGAAAAAGAUGUUGAGGAAGAAGGUGAUGAUAAGGAUGAUGAUGAUGACAAGGUAGACAGUGACGUAUCUGAUAUAUCUGAAUCAGAAGAAGAUGAGCCUCCCAAGAAAAAAAUAAAGAAGUCAACCCCAAAACCAGCAAAAGAAAAGAAGACAAAAGAAAAGGCUACACCAAAACCCAAAACUCCCAAGGCUACAAAUAAAAAGAAAGCAACUCCUAAAAAGAAAACAAAAGUAUCGAGUGAGGAGGUUUCGGAUGUUAGCUCAGACUCUGAUGACGAACCAUUGGUCGCAAAAAAGACACCUAAAGGACCACCAACAAAUGAUGAACUAAAAGAUAUCAUAAAGAAAAUGUUAGACAAUGCCAACUUGGAGCAGGUUACCAUGAAAACUGUGUUAAAAGAUGUUUUUUCCAAGUAUCCUGAUUUUGAUUUGUCAGACAGAAAAGACUUCAUUAAAAACACAGUAAAACAGAUAAUUUCAUGAGAACCUGUACAGAAUGGAUUCAUUGGGAAAUAAAUGAGUACGCAAAUGUUGUCCUCAAAUGACUACAGACUACAGGUUUAAAGGCAGCUACAUAUCCCACAUAAUUAUGGAGUAAUGUAGAUCUCGGAAAUGUUUAUCUCCAAGAGAAUGAAAUACAUAAUCGGCUGCAAAUGGCAUAGAACAUUAUCAUAAAGACAGUAUGUUGAGAAAGCAAAAUUUUAAUGCUGUUAAUGUAAUUUGAAGAAAAAAUAUCUGAUCAGUUGCAAGUUUUUUUUUAUCAAAUUUAAUACUUAGUUAUAAAGAAAGUUUUGGGAGAUCAUUCUGUAUGAAUGUUAAUGCAUUUAAAAGCUUUUAUACCGUGAUAAAUUUUAAAAUGUUGCAGUCGUCCAGUUUGAUAUGCUCCUAGCAAUAGUAUGGAAUUAAUUGAAGACAAGAAAAACAGUUGAUUCUUAGAUAUUUAUUUGUAAAAAAAAGUCUGGAAAGAAUUAUUACCAGUAUAUAUAAAGUAAAUUAUUUAAAUCUGUCUUUUUCUUUUUAAUACAGCAUGUUUCUGUACCUUUAAAAAAUACUUGCUAUUUUAAGUUUUUCAGAAUUUAGUUUAAAAGCAAUCUAUUUCGAAGUAUAUCAAAUUUGUAAACAUGUUUUAGUCCAAAAAGUCAAAUGUUGCAUGUGAAUUUAAUGCUUUAAGAGCAGCAAACAGUUUUAACUGAAGUGUGAAUUUUAUGAUUUUAAUUUAUAGGAGAUUACUGUAAUUGUGUCAUAUUAGAUAGUGUGUGUAUGGCCGAUGUGAGAUACACUGUCAUUUUACUGGUUGUAAAUACUUUUAUCAUUAUUAUAUCUUACUUGUAAAUGUGUUCAUAUCAUUUGUAAUUUACCAGGAACACCACUAGAACAGUGCAAUUUUAGUGAUUGAGCUUAGAGGAUAUUUUAACGCCUUCUCUACCUGACUUUGAAAUGGUUUAUUGUACUUUAGUAGAGUCAGUUGUUCACACAUCAAUUUUAGCCUUAAAAGGUUAACCAGCAUUUGUUCUGUUCUGUAUUUAAUGUUGUCAAAUUAAAUUGCAAACAUUUAGUAAAUAGACAGAUAAAUUUAUUCUAUAAGAGUACCUGUUUGUAGCUUUCACACUGGCAAGUUAGUUGAACAAUAUUUGGGUUCAAUUACUGGCAGUUUACACUGAAAAUGUUCAAAAGUUUUCGGCUGUCAUAAUAAGAAUUAGCCUGUUUGAUGCUAUUUUCACGGAACUAUGGGACAAAAUGAAUAAAGGAAAGAAAACAUGCUUAAGUUGCAGUUAUUUCAUACAAACUUAGAAAAUAUUUUAUUUGUAAACAUUAUUUCAAAGAGAAAAUCAUUUUUUCAGUCCUUGUUUACUUUUGAAUCCAUCAUGGCUCUGGUAAAUGUGACUCACUUUUGCCCAGGGAGUUAAUUCUAAUUUCGCAGGCAGUCAUCCUAUUUGAUAGAGCACUUCCUUACAAAGUGCAGAAUUUAUCGGGCCCCAAUAUUUUUUAAAAUUAUUUCAUGAAUAAGACAUUAACAAUUAUUGCAAUGUAAAUUUAAAAACUGUGGCAAGGUAAUUUUGUCAAAUAUUUGGGCUACACAUGAUUUAUUACCAGUUUUACAUUGUCAAACGAUCAAUGAUGGCAUUUAGAAAAAAAUAGCUUACUCUUUCCAAAAUAAGGUGUGAAACGUAUUCGGCUUUUAGAGUAGGUCAAAUUUGUUUCCUGUAGGUAGCGCUGGACAUUCUUGUUCCCGCCAAAAUUAAAUACCGCGACACGGGAUGUAACGCAAGAAUGGCAGCAAGUAGUACAUGUUUGCUCAGAAGGUAUUAUAAAUACUUCAUCAAUAGCUAGAAAAUGUUUUGGCCUAGAGUAAUCAAACCUGAUAGGAUAAUUACCUGGGGUCAGUAGAGGCCCAUAUUGCUUUUGGGAUCAGUAGGUCAAAGAUCAAGGUCAGAGUGACCUCUAAAUUAAACAAGAUUUUUGUAUCAAAAGCUGGAGAAUGCACAUGCUUAAAGUCAUUAAAAAUCAUAACCUGGUUAGUCUGGAUGAUUAGGUCAAAUGGCGAGGUCACAACAUAAUUGAGACUGAAAAUUACAUACCCAGCUACUACUGACAGGCCUUCAUGAGGGGCAUAUAUGUGUUUUACAAAUGGCUCUUGUUUGUAUUUUAAUAAUGGAACAAUUGUCCCCAAAACAAUAAGAUUAAGUUGAUCAGAGUUCUAGCUCUAAAUGGAUGGAUGCCUGUUUAAAUGGGUUUAGGCAAUUGGUUGUGUGCUUUUUACUCAAAAUUUGUGAUUUCAUACAUGCAUUGUAAAACAAAUUCCAAGUGCUUUGUUCAUUGGCUGGUGAUGCUUAAUAUUAGUUGCUGUUAUUAAUAAAGCUCUUUUCUCCCCUGUAAUUUAAGAAAAGGGAUUAGUAGUAUACAUUAUGACAGUGGGGCCUGCAUGGCCGAGUGGUUAAGGUCACUGAAUCACUUGCCCCUCAUCAUGUGGGUUCCAGCUGGCUUACGUAAGGUCGAUGGGUCUACCCAGGUGCCCGUCCAUGAUGGAAUAAUGCACCUGGGGUCUUUCUCGACCAUAAAAGCUUGAAAGUCACCAUAUGAUCUUAAAUUGUGUCAUCGAGAUGUUAAACCCAACAAAAAAAAAAAAAUAUGACAGUUGUAAUUGUAACAGAAAUAAAACUUUUCAGUCCCUAGCCGAAAUUGCCUUACAUUAAUAUGUAUUAAAAAUUUCUUUUUAAAAACUUGAGAUUGUUAGCCUUAAUAUUUCCAGAAUUUCUGCUAGCCAAAAUUUUCUUAUACAGAAAUUUCUACCAGUGUAGUAAGUCGUAGUUCUUCUUGAAGAUUAUAACGUCCAGCUAUUAUAAACUUUAAUAUUUUUAUCAUAUGAAACAUGUUUUAAUGGCGUUGAGUAUACUUUUCACAAAAAAUGAAGACUAGACAGAACAGGAAUGGCCAUAUUUUGUACAAAGUUAAAGUUUCCUUGCUCCAUAUUUUAACCAGAUGCUUGUAGUGUUUUAGUGUAAAUAGAUAUUUUGUGAAUGUCAAGAUGUUGUGCCUGUUGAGUUAGACUUUGUUUAUGGUAUUAAAUAAAUGAGUUCUACCGAGAUGAUUGCCAGUGAUGAAAUAUGUCUAUCAAAAUGAUUUAAUCCAGUAUUGGCCCAUUUAUAUUGUAUUGAUCCUGAUUUUUAGCUCGACUAUUCGAAGAAUAGUCUAGCUAUUCUACUCACCCUGGCGUCGGCGUCGGCGUCACACCUUGGUUAAGUUUUUGCAUGCAAGUACAUACAGCCAUCAGUUAAAGGCAUAUAGCUUUGAAACUUAUUUUUUCUUUUUCUAGGUCAAUUACCAACCUCUCUGGGUCAAGUCCCAUAACUCUGACAUGUAUUUUGAGCAAAUUAUGCCCCCUUUUGGACUUAGAAAAUUUUGGUUAAAGUUUUACAUGCAAGUUACUAUCUCCAAAACUAAUGCAGAUAUUGAUUUGAAACUUAACAUGUGUCUCCGGGUUAUAAAACUAGUGGAUAGCAGCAAGUCCCAUAACUCUGACUUUCAUUUUGGCCAAAUUAUGCCCCCUUUUGGACUUAGAAAAUUCUGGUUAAAGUUUUGCGUGCAAGUACAUACAGCUAUUUCUAAAAGGCAUAUAGAUUUGAAACUUAUUUUUUCUUUUUCUAGAUCAAUUACCAACCUCACUGGGUCAAGACCCAUAACUCUGACGUAUAUUUUGAGCAGAUUAUGCCCCCUUUUAGACUUAGAAAGUUUUGGUUAAAGUUUUACAUACAAGUUACUAUCUCCAAAACUAAUGCAGAUAUUGAUUUGAAACUUCACCUGUGUCUUCGGGGUUAUAAAACUAGAUGAUAGCAGCAAGUCCCAUAACUCUGACUUUCAUUUUGGCCAAAUUAUGCCCCCUUUUGGACUUAGAAAAUUCUGGUUAAAGUUUUGCGUGCAAGUACAUACAGCUAUUUCUAAAAGGCAUUAUAGAUUUGAAACUUAUUUUUUCUUUUUCUAGAUCAAUUACCAACCUCACUGGGUCAAGACCCAUAACUCUGACAUGUAUUUUGAGCAGAUUAUGCCCCCUUUUAGACUUAGAAAAUUUUGGUUAAAGUUUUACAUGCAAGUUACUAUCUCCAAAACUAAUGCAGAUAUUGAUUUGAAACUUCACCUGUGUCUUCGGGGUUAUAAAACUAGAUGAUAGCAGCAAGUCCCAUAACUCUGACUUUCAUUUUGGCCAAAUUAUGCCCCCUUUUGGACUUAGAAAAUUCUGGUUAAAGUUUUGCGUGCAAGUACAUACAGCUAUUUCUAAAAGGCAUUAUAGAUUUGAAACUUAUUUUUUCUUUUUCUAGAUCAAUUACCAACCUCACUGGGUCAAGACCCAUAACUCUGACAUGUAUUUUGAGCAGAUUAUGCCCCCUUUUAGACUUAGAAAAUUUUGGUUAAAGUUUUACAUGCAAGUUACUAUCUCCAAAACUAAUGCAGAUAUUGAUUUGAAACUACACAUGUGUCUUCGGGGUUAUAAAACUAUUUGAUAGCAGCAAGUCCCAUAACGCUGACCUUCAUUUUGGCCAAAUUAUGCCCCCUUUUGGACUUAGAAAAUUCUGGUUAAAGUUUUGCGUGCAAGUACAUACAGCUAUUUCUAAAAGGCAUAUAGAUUUGAAACUUGUUUUUUCUUUUUCUAGAUCAAUUACCAACCUCACUGGGUCAAGUCCCAUAACUCUAACUUGUUUUUUGAGCAAAUUAUGCCCCCUUUUAGACUUAGAAAAUUUUGGUUAAAGUUUUACAUGCAAGUUAUUAUCUCCAAAACUAAUGCAGAUAUUGAAUUGAAACUUCACAUGUGCCUUCGGGGUUAUAAAAAUAGUUUAUAGCAGCAAGUCCCAUAACCGAUAUGCAUUUUGGUCAAAUUAUUCCCCCUUUUGAACUUAAAACUCUUUGAUAUUUAACCUUUUUGGGUAAUAUUUUCCUGCUUCUGGGACAAUAUUUCGAAUAGUCGAGCUUGGCUGUCUUACGGACAGCUCUUGUAAUAAGUGUAUGCAACUGGGCAUACUAUGGGAGCACCCUCAGCAGAUCCACAGAAGUUUUCUUGAUUUACUGCCCUUGAAUUACUAUAAAAAAAAAAACAUUGACUAGAGUCCUCUUAAUAACUAGAGUAGUUCUUAUCCAGUGUUCACCAAACUUGGAAUGUUUAUGAGCAUUUUGGUCAAGUUGGAUAACCAACCAGAUAGUUUUUGUUGUUCUGAAGAUACAGCCCUUGAAUUAGUUGAAAGAGGAAAUUGACAACAAGCCUGUUCAGUAAGUAGAGUAUAUCAGAAGUGCUUUUUAUUUGCUGUGACAGGCAUACACAUAUAUUGUUCUAGUGUGAAGCUGUUGUUUUGUAAUGGUCCAAAUUUUCUCUUACAAUUUGAUAUUCGCUCCAUCUGUUUCAUAUGUUAUGCACGGUUUAACAGGUACUGUGUCCAGUAUUGCAAUGUGGGAUAAUAAUUUGUUGUAUGAAUUGAUGUCGGUCAUACUUGAAUACAUUGCCUGAACUCUGAAAGCACUUCAUUUUUAUUCCCAUCCUCAUGUGAAACAUCUUGUAAAUAUGCUUGCAUUAUGGGUCAGUUAGAAUCUUGCUUCAGUGCUUUGUGAAGUAUAUGAAAUGAAGAGUUUCAUGUAUAGCCAUUCGGUUUUUGUUUAAAUUUGGUAUGGUUAAAAAUUGCCCUGGGUAUACUUUAAAACUGACAUGGAAUUUUAUUACUAGUUAUUUAUUGAUUAAUGUAGUGAUUUUAUGGACACUGAUUGUAUAGACAUAGAUUGCUCAUUUUUAACAAUCCAGUACAUUACAAAUGAGGUACUUAAUAAAUCAGUCGCCUGUGGAGCUGUCUGCUGCUAAAAAUGAAAAUUGUUUCACUUUCCCCCACCUGAAGGUAUAAUUGCAAAUAAUGACUAUUGCCAUAAAGUUUAUGAAUUUGGAAAUUUUAUCAUAUUUUAAACUUAAGCAGUACCAUCUGACAAAUGGUUAACAUGCAAUUUAUGUCAGUUGAGGAAAGUUCUUCACUGGGAUUACAUUUUUCUCCAAACUUCACUUUUCCUAUAUUAAUUUUUGAAUCUUGUAAACAAUUUCUUCUCAUCAUCAUGUAUUGAAUUUAUUUCAUGUACUCAUUGUCUCAUAGCUAUACAUCUAAGAUGGUGUCUAUAAAUACAAUGCUAAAACAAGA